AUGAAUGGAACGACGAUAGUCGGACCGUCGGAGGAUCCUUGCAUUCAGCAUCGACCGUCGCAAAAUGAAACAGGCUCUGAGCAUCCUCAAAGUCCAAAUAGUCCUUUGAGCAUUCGGCACGAUUCUGGAGAAAGUAGUGUAAUUUCUCCAGGUCUUCCAGAGAGGUAUAGUCCUUUGGGAGCCACAGGAUCAGUUUCGAGUCAUGAUCCUUAUGCAUCUAGAUCUGUACAAGAAUGUCCUGUUCCUUUGUGUCGAGGGAUGCCAAGUAAUUUCCCAGUCGCUACAUCCCCGUAUCUAACGGCUCUCGAAAAUGGUCAUCCUCAUCUUCUUGGCCAAGUUCAGCAACACCAGCAACAACAGCAACAGAUUCAGCAACAACAGCUUUCACAACAUGGUGGAAAAUCUCCCAGAAGUCUUGGAUUAAUUUGUGUCGUUUGUGGAGAUACCAGUUCUGGAAAACACUAUGGAAUUCUUGCCUGUAAUGGAUGCAGUGGUUUCUUCAAAAGGAGCGUUCGCAGAAAAUUAAUUUAUAGGUGUCAAGCUGGAACUGGAAGAUGCAUAGUGGACAAAGCACACCGAAAUCAAUGUCAGGCUUGUCGCUUAAAAAAGUGCAUGCAAAUGGGGAUGAAUAAAGAUGCUGUGCAAAAUGAGAGACAACCUAGGAACACAGCCACUAUUAGGCCAGAAGCUUUAGUAGAAAUGGACCAGGAACGUGCUCUUCGAGAAGCUGCCGUUGCUGUCGGAGUCUUUGGACCACCGGUAUCAUUGGCAAUGGCUAGGUACACAACCCCUUUGCCUUUACCAACUGUUGCUCCAACAACAAAUUCCACGACUGCAAAUACUCCACCUCGUCAAGAUACCGAUGAUGGAAAUGGUUCAGAAGACAGCAUAGAUGUGACAAAUGAAGAACCUCUGAUGCCACAACGAAGUACCUGUACACAAUUGACUCCAAUAGUCCCAACCUUGUAUUCACCAGUGAGUGCAGAAACCGUUUACGAAACCAGUGCUCGAUUACUUUUUAUGGCAGUGAAAUGGGCAAAAAAUCUACCCUCCUUCGCGAGUUUACCAUUCAGGGACCAAGUGAUACUAUUAGAGGAAGCUUGGUCGGAACUCUUUUUACUCAAUGCUGUUCAAUGGUGCCUCCCUUUGGAGUCAUCUCCACUUUUUAGUGCGGCUGAACUCACUGCCUUGACUGUUUCACCACACCCACACCCACAUUCUGGAAUGCAUUUGGCGCCAAAUGGAAAACCAAGUCAGGUCGCGGCUGAUGUUAGGCAUCUUCAUGACACUCUACAAAGAUACAAGGCUGUCAUAGUGGACCCUGCAGAAUUUGCUUGCAUGAAAGCGAUCGUCCUCUUUCGACCAGAAACCCGUGGCUUAAAAGACUCAAGCCAAAUAGAAAAUCUGCAGGACCAAGCUCAGGUCAUGUUGGGACAACACGCGAGGGCGCAGCAACCCGGAAGACCCGAGAGAUUUGGCCGACUGUUACUAUUGUUGCCCCUUCUGAGGGCUGUUCCUGCCCCCAGAGUAGAAUUGAUUUACUUCCACAGGACCAUUGGGAACACCCCCAUGGAAAAAGUCCUAUGCGAUAUGUAUAAAAAUUAAAUUAGGUAUGUUUACCGUUUAGUUGCCAAUCAAACCAGUGAACUAAAAAACAAAAGAAAAAUAGAGCAAAGAUGCGAGGCUGUGACCCAGAUGAUUUUUCGACAUCGAAACGUAAGUGGAACAUUAAAAUGUGCAAAAGAGACUCUAGUGGUUUGAUACUGUUUAGUAUUUAAGAAUAGAGUUCGUGCAGAACAACAUUCUUGAGCGUGAAGACUUAAGCCUGAAUCCAAAGAUAUUUGAUAUCCAUUAAACGUGGUCAUUUAUUAUUAUUUGUUUAAUGCUUUCUUUGAUUGUAUUAUAUUUAUAAUAUUGUGAUAGUCUGUUUUCUAUUCUUGACUUCUUGUACAAGAAUUAACUAGUCAGCAAUAUUUUGUAUUUUGUAAUUUAAAAUUACAAAGUGCAAUGUAAAUUAUUGAUGAUCAGAUUGAUCAAGCAGAUUGUAUGUAGUCAAGCUUUGUAUUAAAUUAAUUGAUAGUCUGAGUCUAAAGCUCUUUUAUGGGUUUUGGUAGCUCGUGAUGAAGCCUUCUGUCAAUUUUAAUUUAAGUUUUUAAUUACCUUUAUCUGAAUGACAACCUUCAUGAACCCUGUUUGCAAAUAACAAAAUAAAAUAUUCUAUAACCACUCUAUUUUGUGAAUGAAAAGAGGUUCGUGAAAUAAAAGAGAAAAAGUAAUUUCAGAAUUCUAAAUUCAGCACUAAAGUAUCUGGCCUAAGCAAACUGUAUAAACGAAUAUUGAUCGUCUAGUACGGUCAAAAAUGUAACAAACACUGUUUUAUAGUGAACAUGUAUCCGGUCUUUCUACAGUAGACAUAUAUAGUUGUACUUGGAAACAAAGUUUCCUCAUCGAUAUUAAGUUUUAACGUUUCAAAUGAACGGAAGCUUCAGACAAACCCCAAAAAUAAUAAUAUCCAGAGUUGAAGAAAAUAGUGAAUUUCUUUUAAUUCAGCACAGAGUGUUUCUUACAUCGAUAAAGGCCAGGCCUAAUCUCAGUAGAAGUUUUAUAUUUUAUCCGUGCCAGGUAACGAAAUAUUUUUAAAUUCGUGAUUCUACUUUGUGACUUCUGUGCAAUUUUCUGCGAAAGAAUUCAUAUUC